CUAUAUCGCUUGAGAUUGGUCGCUAGCAAUGGGGUCUGCAGUAAAAAUGCUGAAUCUAUCUAUCAGAGACUGUCAAGCAUCAAAUUCGGCGUCCUCGACACAAAUAGUACAUAAAAUACGAUGGGUUUUGCCAGUGACCAAAAAAGAGAACUCCUACACCGUACUUGGUCUGAUCUGAUCUGAGAAAACAUACUUCCACUCUUGCUAUCUAUAUAUGCUUAAUCGGUCUUUGGGCCGAGGUUCGGUACUUAACUUACGCGGCCCGCGGAACCAGGAACAUAGAAUUGCGGAACGUUCACCGGUCCGCGGAUAUCGGAUACAACUGUUUCAGGGAGGAAUAAUAAUAUCUCAAGAAUCAUAUACAAACAGAGGAAUACCCGUGUCCAGGUAAAAUGGUGAUAAAUUGAACCUCAUAGUUAAAUCGUCGCUCUUGCUCCCCGAGACCACUUAUCACUACUUACCCCGCAGCCAUGUCCUCAGAACCAGCAGCGUUCUCGAGAGAGGGACACAGCGAUACCCACAAUGCAGAUUACAAGGAUAAUGUACUUCGGAUAGCAAUUAUCGGUGCCGGAACCAUUGGGCUCUCUUUCGCAGGACUGCAUCUAUCGCAUCCGGCCAAUCGCGAUGGUGGCCGGAAAGUCGAGAUCAGGAUCUAUGAUCCCAGGCCGGGGUUGAGGGACUACGUCGAGAGGACGUUGCCUGGAUACCUGUCUCCAUCCCCUCCAGAAAAUAUGAUCCUGCAGACAUCCAGCUCCGACUCGAAUACAACAGAACGCAUCUCUCUUCCCCCUCCCCUUUCUAGCCACACCCUCAUCCUCUCCACAUCUCUUGCUGAUGCCGUAUCCGCCGCAAACAUCGUACAAGAACAAGGGCCUGAAUCCGUCUCGACAAAACAAUCCCUCUGGUCCGAAAUCGAAUCCCUCGCUCCUCCCACUGCUCUCUUCUGGUCCUCUACGUCUGGCAUACCUGCAUCCGUCCAGUCGCAAGGUAUGAAGAACCCAAGACGCCUCAUUGUCGUCCAUCCCUACAACCCGCCGCAUAUAAUGCCUUUGCUCGAGUUGGUUCCUGCACCGGGGACGGAUUUGGAUAGUCCCGGUUCGGAUGUUCAGCGCACGCUGGACUAUUGGCGCCGUUUGGGUCGGGAGCCAGUAGUGUUGAAAGAAGAAGUGAGCGGUUUCGUGGCGAAUAGACUUGCCUUUGCGCUCCUGAGAGAAGGGGUAGAGUUGGUUAAUCGAGGUGUUGCGACACCAGAAGAGAUCGAUCGGGUCGUUGAGCAGAGUAUGGGUCCGAGAUGGGCGGUUAGGGGGCCGUUUUGGAGUUACCAUGCUGGUGGAGGGGAGGGCGGGUUGAGGGGCAUAUUGGGAAAUAUCGGAGAUACAAUCCAGAGGUGUUGGGAUGAUGCGGGAAAGCCGGACUUGAAGAGGGAGGGCAGGGGGAGUGAAUGGGUGGGGAGGUUGUGUGAGGAUGUGGAGAGGUCGUAUGGCAAGUUGGGCCAGGAGGAGCUAAAGGAGAGGGAUGAGAAGACGAGGAGGGUGUUGGAUGUUACGAGGGAGGGAAGGACACUAUGAUCGAUACCCAUCAAGUGUUCUGAGGUGAACCACGUAUAUACCAGGAUUAUUAGACCUGUCAUGGUAUACACAAAGCAUGAGUGCUGGCCACCAUGCCUCGAAAGUGCCAUUAAGAUCAAGACUCUUGUCAUUCAGAAUUCAGAAAAAAAGGGUAUCUAGCUAUUGAUGGUUCCAGAGAUACUUGCCCGAACACCCAUCGACCCGUCCCGCGAGGCACCAAAGAACCGGUCUCUCACGAGCCGGACAUCAUCAACGGUCGUGUCAUGUAACUCCAUAUCGAAGCGACGGAAGAUUCCUGCAACGGUGAGGAAUAAUUCAGCAUAGGCGAGA